AUGGUUAGCGCUCAAGAAAGUCGGCGCCAGAAGAAAUUCUGGUUAAUAUUAGGCUCGUGUUUCUUGUUGGCCUGUGCUUUGCUUGGAGUUAUUGUUGCUUUUGCAGUUCAAGGAUCGGGCGAUGAACCGUCCAAACGCUUCUACAAGGUAACGGUUUUCAAUGAUAAAGGUGAAGAAAAGGUUACGAAGCUCUCUCCAGAGAACUUUUACAAGUCAUUGAAGGCAAACAUCGAAUACAUGGGAAGUGAUGAGUGUGAAAAGAGCGCAGAGAUGCGUGAAGUUUUAAGUGAUAUAUUUGACUCAAUCGUGAAGAUAGCGAUUAAAGAUAGGACAUCAGCCGGCAAUGCAGAUUCCGAAUCUAUACAAGAUGGCUCUUUAGAACAUAAACUGUGGUAUAUGGAACAAAAAUUCGGCCCAUUAACAAAAGCUGUUGAACCAGUUAAAGAUGCAAGUACAACGGCCCCUGAAGGUAGUGCUGAUGCUGCCAUAGCCACGACACACGGUAAUACUAAAACACAAGCGGAUGCUGAAUCUGCUUCAACUGAGCCAUCCCAAAAGAAAGAGUCGGUAAACAACAUGGAAACAGAAGCAGUAUCUACAAGCACUCCCACGACAGUUACUACACCGGAAACAAAAAUGCCAGGCAAGGCAACUAUUGAACAAACUGGUACACCUGUUGCAACAGAAGGUAGUGAUAUAGAUGUAUCACAGUCUCUAAGAGGUACUCUGGCAUCCCCUAGUGAAUCGAACGGGAAGUUACCUAAUGCUCUCGAAACUCAUUUCACUACAUGA